AUUAAAAUGGAGUCUUCGGCAUUGUUUAAGCAAGAGGAUGGUGUUGAAAGCGCAAAAAUAUGUAGACGGUGUAUGUCACUGGUGAUGCUUUGGAAGCUCUAACGCGCGACGAAUCCGGACAGUUUACCGGUCUGCAGAUUGAAUUCUCUCCUGGAAUUCCAUCGUAUUUGUGCACGAUGUGCGGAUCGCGUUUGAAAAAGAUGGAUUUGUUAAGUUGGCGUAGCAAUGAAAAUAAUGGUGUAGUCGAUAAAUUUAUCGAACAGCAGAACACAGCGAAGAACGAGUCAGAAAUCGCUCAAGACCAUUUCACCCACUCUGCCGAACAAACGAUCGGCACAGAAUUGUCGAUUAAAACUGAAGUUACCUCACCGGAUGCAGUGAAGGAUUUGCACUUGAAUCAGAAGUGUUGUACUGUUCAUCAAGCGAAUAUGACAUAUGAAUGUUGUGGCAAAAUACCUGAUGAUUUAUUCGAGGCAGAAGAAAAUCCAAUUGCAAUCAAAUCAGAGUACGAAGAGGUCGAUGAGCAACAUCAGCUGCAAACAACGAGUGAUGUUCUGGAUAACCCAAACAGCCAUCGGAAAAAACAAAAGCACCAAUGCCCUCAUUGUUCAUCAAUGUUCGCGGACUUUUACAAAUUGAAAAUCCACAUCCGCAGUCACACUGGUGAAAGGCCAUACCAGUGUAAAGUCUGUGAGAAGGCAUUCCAUUCAUCACAGAAACUAGCACAACAUUCGAAAAUUCAUAAUAAGGACCAACACCAUCAGUGUCCUCACUGUCCGUCAAUGUUCGCACAGUCAUCUAAGCUAAAGAAUCAUAUCCGCACUCACACUGGCGAAAAGCCAUACCAGUGUAAAAUCUGUGAGAAGGCCUUUUAUUCAACAUACAAUCUAGCAAAACAUUUGAAAAUUCACAAUGAGGACCUACAUUAUCAGUGCCCACAAUGUUCAUCAAUGUUCGUAAAGUUAUCUUAUCUAAAGAUUCAUAUCCGCACUCAUACCGGCGAAAGGCCUUUUGUCUGUAAAAUCUGUGACAAAGCGUUCAUAUCACAUAGCAGACUGAGACGACAUUUGGUAAUUCACAAAAAGGACCAACACCAUCAGUGUCCUCACUGUCCGUCAAUGUUCGCACAGUCAUCUAAGCUAAAGAAUCAUAUCCGCACUCACACUGGCGAAAAGCCAUUCAAGUGUAAUGUCUGUGACAAAGCUUUCCAUUCAUCAGGCAGUCUGGCAGCACAUUCGAAAACUCACAAUGAGGACCCACAGUAUCAGUGUCCUCAUUGUUCAGCAAUGUUCGCACGGUCCUCUAAUCUAAAGGUUCAUAUCCGCACACAUACCGACGAAAGACCGUACAAGUGUAAAGUCUGUGACAAAGCGUUCAGGACAUUACGCACUCUGGCAUGCCAUUCGAAAACUCACAAUAAGGACCAACAUCGGUGUCCUCAUUGUUCAUCAAUGUUCGCGCUGCCAUCUAGCCUAAAGAUUCACAUUCGCACUCACACUGGCGAAAAGCCAUUCAAGUGUAAAGUCUGUGACAAAGCGUACAGAUCACCAAACAGUCUAGUAUAUUGUUCCAGAAAGCACGAGAUGGGUGAAUUCAUUAAUUCUUUCGUUGUUGUAAAAAAAACAUGAAAUUAAAUUCAAGUUUGGUUUAGAAUAAGUUUGAGUUUUGCAUCUUUGAAAACUAAAAUGUAU